AUGGAGGAACAAAAUCAAACUGCCCUGACCGAGUUCAUCAUACUUGGCUUUAGAAAUCUGCAGGAGAUCCACCUUUUGCUCUUCAGUGGGUUCUUCACCAUUUAUCUCUUCACUGUGGUGUGGAAUGCCUUCAUUGUUUUAAUGAUGCUGGUGGACCAGAAGCUCCAAACCCCCAUGUAUUUCUUCCUCGGGAACCUCUCCUUUCUGGACAUUUGCUAUACUAGCACCACUAUCCCCCAGAUGCUGGCUCAUUUACUCUCAGAAAAAAACAGCAUUUCCUUUUUGGGCUGUGCAUUUCAGGCAUAUUUCUUUUUUUCUUUUGUGGGCAUUGAGUGCCUCCUUCUUGCAGUUAUGGCCUUUGACCGCUAUGUUGCCAUUUGCAAUCCUCUACGCUACACACUGAUUAUUAGCAAAACAUUUUGUCUGCAACUGGCCACGGCCUGCUGGGCUGGUGGCUUACUUAACUCAGUGGUACAUACCACUUUUGCCUUCCAGUUACCAUUUUGUGGCAACAACCACCUGGAUGCCUUCUAUUGUGAUAUUGCUCCACUGCUGAGAUCAUCAUGUGGAGACACUUCUCUCAACCAAGUUCUCUUGCUCUCCAUUGGCCUUUUCAUAGCCUGGACCCCUUUAGCAUGCAUCCUUCUGUCAUAUGGUUAUAUCAUUUCAACUAUCUUAAGGAUGCACUCUUCAGAAGGGAGACAAAAAGCUUUUUCCACCUGUUCCUCCCAUCUCACAGUGGUCCUUUUGUACUAUGGAAGUUCAAUUUUCACUUAUUCGAGUUCAAACACUAGUUAUUCUUCAAAUCAGGCUAAGCUUAUUCCAGUAAUAUAUAGUGUUUUAACCCCACUUUUAAAUCCUAUCAUAUAUACCUUGCGCAAUAAAGAUGUCAAGGAUGCGUGGAGAAGCACAAUUAAAGAAGUUAAGUUGUAA